ACCCUCUUGAGUUUGCCAACUCUCAUCUUACAUAGACAAGGCCAUAAUCAUCGUGGAAGUUCUCUCCUACAAGCAGAGAAAGGUACCUCCUUCUUUGAUGGCUUAUUCUGUCUGCUGGGAUCUCACUCACAGAGAUAGUUCAUAUGUUUUUUUGAUUUGUUUUGCUUUGUUUUUGUUUUUUGUUUUUGCCAGCGUGCCUUUGCUUUCCAUGCCUGAAAUACUCUCAUGGGCGGUUUAACCAGAUCCAAAUGCCUUAGGCACUGAUUCUGAGGCCAGAAUGCUGUUCAGGACAUCUGCCAUUUAAUGGGUCUGCUGUGUAUCCCGCUUCCCAUGCAGGAUUGUUCUCUCCUUUGUAAUUCUAUCAUUUAGUAUUAGCAGACACUACUCUUGUUUAUAUGAUCCCUUUGACACCUAAUCCUAUCAUUAUGAUCAAUUAUGAACUGACACUGAUCAAUUUGACUAGUGAGAUGGCAUUGGUCCAUGCCACCUUGAUGGGAUUGUAUUGGAAUCCCCUGGCACGUUUCUAACUCUACCAUUAGGGGUGAAUCUGAGUGAGCAUGUGCUGAACUGUACAUCUCCUCCCUCUUUUACUCCCACUCUUAUAUUCAACAGGGAUCACUUUUCAGUUAAAUUUAAAGAGCUCAGAAUAAAUGUGUGUUAAUAAAAGAGUUCAACCAAUGGUAUUAAGUAGAACAAAAAAUUACUAAAAGGAAUAAAGUAAUAACGUAUAUCUCGACAGUCAGGAUAAGGACUGGUCAAGACAUUAUUUCUCAUAGUGUUUUUUUCACUUCCACAGGUUUCCUUUUAGGUGCACAGUUAGUUGUCAACGAUCAGGGAGAACAUAUGAUAUUUGUCCCUUAGGGACUGGCUUAAUUCACUCAGCAUGAUGUUUCCUGAUUCCUCUAUUUUGUUGCAAAGACUGGAUUUCAUUUUUUAUUGCUGUAUAAUAUUCUACAGAGUACAUAUCCCAUAAUUUCUUUUUUUUUUUUUAUAGGCAGAGUGGACAGUGAGAGAGAGAGACAGAGAGAAAGGUCUUCCUUUGCCGUUGGUUCACCCUCCAAUGGCCGCUGCGGCCGGCGCGCUGCGGCCGGCGCACCGCGCUGAUCCGAUGGCAGGAGCCAGGAGCCAGGUGCUUCUCCUGGUCUCCCAUGGGGUGCAGGGCCCAAGCACCUGGGCCAUCCUCCACUGCACUCCCUGGCCACAGCAGAGGGCUGGCCUGGAAGACGGGCAACCGGGACAGAAUCCGGCGCCCCGACCGGGACUAGAACCCGGUGUGCCGGCGCCGCUAGGCGGAGGAUUAGCCUAUUGAGCCGCGGCGCCGGCCCAUAUCCCAUAAUUUCUUUAUCCAGUCUUCUGUUUAUGGGCAUUUAUGUUUAUUCCAGGUCUUAGCUAUUGUGAAUUGAGUUGCAAUAAACAUUAAGGUGCACACAACUCUUUUAUUUGGCAAAUAAAUUUCCUUUGGGUAAUUUCCAAGGAGUGGGAUGGCUGGCUUGAAUGGUAGGUUUAUAUUCAGGUUUUGAGGACUCUCCAAACUGAGUUCCAUAGUGGCUUUACCAGUCUGCAUUCCUACCAACAUUGGGUUAGUGUCCCUUAUAUCCCCACAUCCUCACCAUCAUUUGUUGUUGGUAGAUUUCUGUGUGUAAGCCAAUCUAACCGGGGUGAGGUGAAACCUCACUGUGGUUUUGAUUUGCAUUUCCCUGAUUGCUAGUAAUCCUGAACAUUUUUGUCAUGUGUCUGCUGGCUAUUUGAAUUUCCUCUUUUGAAAAAUGUCGAUUUAGGUCCUUGCCCCAUCUCUUAAGUGUGUUGUUUGUUUUGUUGUAGAGUUUCUUGAUCUCUUUGUAGAUUCUGGUUAUUAAUCCUUUAUUGGUAGCAUAGUUUGCAAAUAUUUUUCCCGUUCUCGUGCUUGACUAAGUUGCCAUCCUUCCAGGCUAAAUAGGUAAAUCAAAAGUUAAAUAAAUUACAAAAUCUCCUGUGCCUCCGUAUGAAUUUCAGUAUAUUUUUUUUCCAGAUCUGAGAAAUACGUCUUUGGUAUUUAUAUUGGUAUUACAUUGAAUCUAUAAUUGCAUUUGGGAGAAUGGACCAAAAUAUUAAAUUUUUAUAAUCUGAGAGGUAGCAUUCAUUGUUAUUUUUUUCUGUUUUUUUUUUUUUUUUUGAUUUGUUUUGUUUUCUUUUUGAGAGGCAGAGUUUAGACAGUAAGAGAGAGAGAGACAGAGACGAAGGUCUUCCUUCCAUUGGUUUACCCCCAAGUGGCUGCUAUGGCCAACGCACCGUACCUAUGCGAAGCAGGAGCCAGGUACUUCCCCCUGGUUUCCCAUGCGGGUGCAAGGCUCAAGGAACUGGGCCAACAUCCACUGCACUCCUGGGCCACAGCAGAGAGCUAGACUGGAAGAGACAGAACCCGGACCCCCAAGCGGGACUAGAACCCUGGGUGCCAGCACAUCAGGCGGAGGAUUAGCCUAUUGAGCCACGGCACUAAACGUGGUAGUGUUCAUUGUAAACAUUCAUUCUCAGAAUCAUGCUAUAAAGUUGAGGCUCAUUGGGAACAGACAUUUAUGGCACACAGAACAGACCCUCUGGCAGAACAACACACUGCCUUCCUAGGGUUAUCUUAGAAAAGAAAUAUAAGUCUAUUACAGGAGCUGGAAAAUGUGUUUCCUAACCAGAGAGGGGUGACUAGGGCCUUGUGUGUGAGAAAACCUCUGUCUUAGAGCCUCACUUCCAUUAUCAACAACUGUUGCCUCACACUGUUGUGUUGUACAUCACUCCCCUCACUGUCCAUUUUCAUUGUUCUUCCUUUGAUUUGAUGCUAUCCUGCUUGAGGCACCCAACACACAAAAUCUUAUUAGCUAUGAGUAUGAUUAAGUUGCCAUCCUUCCAGGCUAAAUAGGUAAAUCAAAAGUUAAAUAAAUUACAAAAUCUGAGAUGCUUCUGAGCAAGAAAAGAAGAAACACCUCAGUGAAUAAAAAUGCCUAGAGUACCAACAUCUUGUCUCAUUAUAUCUUAAGAUAAUCCCUCUGGAAUACAGAAAGAAGGUUUUUGUUUUUUUUUAAGUAUUUAUAAGAAGGCUGCAUUCAAAAGGGAACAGACAGAUUUGACACCAAUUGAAUGUCUUCUAAUAGAUUUAUAGACAGUGUGAGAGAGAAAGAGAAGGAGAGAAAGGUCUCCCUUUCAUUGGUUCACUCCCCAAGUCGCCACAACAGCUGGAGUGCCGCUGAUCCGAAGCCUGGAGCCAGGUGCUUCUUCUUGGUCUCCCAGGCGGGUGCAGGGUCCCAAGCAUUUGAGCCAUCCUCUACUGCCCUCCUGGGCCACAGCAGAGAGCUGGACUGGAAGAGAAGCAACCUGGACUAGAAAAGGCACCCACAUGGGACGCCCGUGCUGCAGGCUGAGGAUUAACCAGGUGAGCCAUGGAGCCGGCCCCAAUACUGAAUCUUAUGACAACCUUUGAUUCUCAGCCAAGUCCAUUUUCCCCAACAUCUCUUUAUCAGAUAGCUGGAAUCAUGCAGUGAGGUUCUCAAGGAGGGUCAAUUGUAUCCCUCUUUCAUUUAAGCUUCUGAGGGAUAAAAGGUUUGGGUAUACCUGUUAAUGUUCCCAUAAUAUGGUGACUUCUGCAAAACAAUAGAAGGUGUGGAUUUCUUUCAGAGAGAGAAAUCUAACAUAACUGAAUGUAGAGGGAAUGCCCUUUUGAAAAAGAAUCCUACAGGAGCAGCCACUCCUCCUGCUCUUGUUUGUGUCUGCAGUGCAAUAUAGAAGUAGAAAAGAAGCCACCUAACACUGCAUUGCCCAAUCGUUUAUUCUCCACCUUUCCUUUAUUAAUUUUAUUUCAACCAUUCUGUUAACUACAAUACAAACACAAUAUUACUGUUUUAACUACUGUAGGCAUUUUAAACUUCCCUAAACUUUAUUUGUAGUUCUAGAAAAUGUACUAUAAGUACAUAUGCUAUUAUGUCUGAAAAUCAUUACAACAUACUUUUGUGUUGGUUUCCUUUGAGAACCUGUACCCCCCCCCCCCAAAAAAAAUGGGAAUGGAAUAACACACAUAGAAAUCCAAGAAACUCUACAUCAGUUUGAAAAGGAUUGAAAAAUGUCAGGUUCUCCUUUUAUUCCUUUAGGGCCAAGCAUUUUUUUUUUUUCUUUAAAGAAACUCUUCAGACAAUUUCAUGUGUGUCAGAGUUUCAGUGUCUUUCAUAGUCAUUAGCUGUUGUGCAGAGUAUAAUAAUUUCUACUCCAGGUUUUAGAGCUGAUUCAUUAAAUUAUUUAAAGUUACCCUCAGUUUUGCUUUUGUUUUUGUUUUUCCUGAAUUUAUAAACUAUCUCUCUUCCAUUCAUCAGAGAUAAAUGACCACAGUAAAUUAAUGAUAUGAAUGUGUUUUGUGAUCAAAACAUUACAAAAAUAAGCAUUUAAAUGUUGUUAUAUAUUAAAAGUGAUGAGGUGCUCAAUUUUAAAAUAUUUAAUAAGUUCUUACAUGGUACAAUACAAUUAGUUUGAAUCUGUGGGAAAUAACAUCCUUAGAAUUAUAUGGUUUUCCAGUAUUCCAAUUCCAGUGUGGAAGUCAAGAAAGUACGCAACUAAUUUCUUAUAAACAAAAGUAUAUAAAAUUCUCAGAAAAAAAUAUUGUGAAAAAAGCAUUUACAGAGCAGUGAAUUUCCAAAAUCAAAAGAUAUUCCUUGAUUUCCACCCAGAAGUAAUUUGUCAGCUAGAUCUCAAAGUUUUGAAAGAGUUGAAAGUUGGAAAUGGAAAGAUAUUCCAAGAAAAAGGACAAUUGAUUAUUCAUUAACUAAUGAAGAUCUGCAAUGACUAACAAGCUAAUGAAAUCACAGCACAAUUUAUCUUAAAAACUAAUGCCCAAAUAUAUAAAUAUCUAAGAUAUGGAAUCAAUCCAGAUGUCCAUCAUUUGAUGACUGAAUAAAGUAAAAUCUUUAUAUAAUGGAAUACUACUCAGCCAUUAAAGUAAUAACAUUUUUCUUUCACAGCAAAAUGGAUAAAAAUGAAGAUUAUUAUGCUUGGUGACACAAAAAAGCUAUCCCCCCCAAAAAAUAUAUUUUCUCUGAUUUGUGUAACUAAUACAUAGAGUACUAAAAAAUGUAACAUAUAUGAAGGAAGUUGAUGUCUUGAGAUUUGAUUAUUGUUUAUAACUCCUGCAUAUACUCCUGAGGAAGAGUAGUUUUCCUACUACUACUCAUUGAAGUCUUUAUUUAUUGAAAGAAUAAGCUUAACUAAACUGAAAUUAAACAAAAAUUGAAAUAAAAAGAAAGGAAGGAUGAAGGAGAGUAGGAGCAAGAGAGAGAGAGAGAAAGUUGAAAGAUAUUAUGUUUUUAAAACUGUAUAUAUGAAAUACAUAAAAUAUGUUAUUUUUAUAUAACUAAACAGUAUUUUAAAAACAAUAAAAAUAAAAAGUUUGUUAUAAAAAUGGACAGUAUAAUGAGGUUGAUAGCAAACAAAGCCAAAGUUACGUACUCAAAUGAAUGGCUGAAAUCAUAAUCUGUUGCAAAAAGCAAUUCUUUCACAGCAUCUUCUCUCCAAAAUCUGCCAUGUUUUCAAGUAUAAACAUCCAAUGAGAGAUCAUUCGUUCAAAUGAAUUAAGAUGAGUGAUCUUAUUGUAAUUCUUAAACUGAAGCUCAGUUCCCUUAAAGUUUAAGAUUCUUCACAAAUACCAGACAUUUAAAAGGGAAUUUUUUAAAAUUCUUAGCAAUCCAAAGUGAAUAUCUCAUUAGACAUUUUCCUAAAAGUAUAAUUUUGGUUUGAGGGGAAAAAUGGAUAUUUCAAAUCUGUUGAAGAGGGGAAAGAUGACACACAUACACACAUAUAUACAUGAUUUUAGAAUUUCAGAAUAUAUACACAAACAUAUGGAAUUUCAGAAAGUCGACAUAUAUUGAUAUAUAUAAAUUUUUUUGUCUAUUUUAACUAUCACAUUUUGUAUUUAACCCAACCUACAACUCUCCAAACAAUGUACUGAAGGUAGGAAUGGGAUUGGGAAAAACUUCAACUGGAAAUGUGAGUCUUCAAGGCUGCUUUAAAAUAUAUCACAUUUCACCUUCUUAUUGCAUUUAACAUUCCUUUGUGAUGAUCUCAUCUAGACAAGAAACACCUAGAAAAAUAUUUUUGGCUGGUGCCGAAGCUCACUUGGCCAAUCCUCCGCCUGCGGUGCUGGCACACCGGGUUCUAAUCCCGGCUGGGGUGCUGGUUCUGUCCCUGUGGCUCCUCUUCCAGUCCAGCUCUCUGCUGUGGCCCAGAAAGGCAGUGGAAGAUGGCCCAAGUGCUUGGGUGCUUCACCCGCAUGGGAAGGAAACCAGGAGGAAGCACCUGGCUCCUGGUUUUGGAUCAGCGCAGCGCGCCGGCAGUGGCAGCCAAUUGGGGGGUGACCCAACAGAAAAAAAGGAAGAACUUUCUCUCUGUCUCUCUCUCUCACUAACUCUGCCUGUCCAAAAAAAAAAAAAAAAAAGAAAAAUAUUUUUAAUUUUUUUUUACUUGUAUGAGAUGAACAAAUUUCAUGUGUUCAUAUAUACAUAUUUAGGAGCAUAGCGAUACUUCUCACUCUACCCUCCCUCCUGUCCAAGCUCAAUCCCUCUCCCCUCUUUCUUUAAUAUUAUUUUUCAAUUUUUUACAUUUACAUAGUUUCAUUUUAUUUUAUAAUCAUUAAUCUUCCACAAAAUAAGAGAUUCAACAAAUAGUAAGAAAAAAUAAAACACUGAUUUUGUUCUUGAAAGUAUAGUUCAUGCUAUUUUUUUCUCACUGGAAAAAUAAAUAUUCAUUAAAAGAAGCAACACUUCAAAGUUUAGCAAUAAUUACAUUUGCCAGAAGAGAAAAGAACUUGAAAGAAAAAAUUAGCUACUACCCACCUUUUCCUAAACCACAUCUAUCUUCCUCCUCUCUGAGAAUGUAGAGUUUUCAGAUAGCUGAAUAAUGAAGAACUCUACUGGAGAUGGCAACCAAAAUCUGAUCAUAUACCAACUGCCUUGUGAUAACCCUACAGCCACCUCAGGUAAAUUGCUUAAGCUAAAUACUUGAAUUCUGAAAUCAUGAACAACUACUUAAUAACGCUAUUUCUGCUUCAAUUAAAUAUAACCUAAUAGAAUAUGAAUACGCUAAAGGGUGCUUUUCAGAAUGAAGUAUUAUUAACCAUCAGAGAAUAUUCAUUUAUGUCUAUUAGUAUAUUCCACGUACUGAGUAUCUUAGAGUAUCAAGAUAGCACCAGUUGAUUUAGAGACUUUAAUUGUCUCUUGUUCCUCUUUUCAAGCUGGAAUAUCUGAAGAUAUGCAGUCCAUAUUUAUUAACAUUUAUUUAUUUAUUAAUUUAUAUUUAUUAAUUAUACAUUGUAUAUAUUAUAGACAUUAUACAUUAUAUAUGAUACGUAUUAAUAUUACAUACUUAUUCCAACAUAAUAAUGAAUACAUAAUAAAUUAAUAUAUGUAGAGUUAAGACAAUUUUCUGGGAUGAGAGUGAUUUAUAAAUUUAUGUCUAUAUCAUGAAACUCUAAGUACAGAUACCAUAUAUACUAAAUCCUCAGUGAUAUGCCAUUUGAAGCACAGGUUCCCAAGAUUUACUAAAUAUAAAGAAAAUAAAGGAAAUAAGUAAGAGAAUUGUAUCUUAAUUUUUCAUUCAUUGAAUUGGCAAAAUCAAUUAGAAACUCAUCAAGGUUAACAAGACUUUGUAUUUGCGCCAUGUAAUAGGAAAUUAUCACAUUCAUAAACUUAAUUGAGACUCAUAAUGACAUUAUAAAAUAGCCAUUAAAAUUGAGGAGGAAAUUGUUGAAGUGAGUUUUUAAUAAUUAGAAUAAUGUUUUAGGGGCUGAUGCUCUGGCUUGCGGGUUAAACCACCACCUGAAGUGCUGGCAUCCCAUUUGAGUGCCAGCUUCAGUUCCAUCUGAGGUACUUCCAAUCGAACUCCCUACUAAUGCACCUGGGAAAGCAAUGGAGGGUGGUCCAAGUUCUUGGGUCCCUGAACCCAUGUGAGAGACCCAGAGGAAGCUCUUGGCUCCUGGCUUCAGCUUGGCACAAGCCCUAAUGGUUUGGCCAUUUGAGGAGUGAACCAGUGGAUAGAACAGUCUCUCUCUCUCUCUCUCUCUCUGUAACUCUGCUUUUCAAAUAAAUAAUUUAAAAAUCUUUCAAAAAAGGAAUUUUAACAAUUAAAAUAUUUCUGAAGGGAAUAAUUUUACUUAAAAUAUUUCAUAAUUAUUUACAUCAGAUGGUAAAUUGAUGCCUUUAUUUCUUGCAGAUAAAUAAUUGCAAACUUGCCCCUUCUCAUUCAUGACAUCAUGCAGCUAAAUAAUAAUGUGACUGAAUUCAUUCUGCUUGGAAUGACACAGGAUCCUAUUAGGAAGAAAAUAGUGUUUGCCAUUUUCUUGCUUAUCUACUUGGGCACGUUGUUGGGUAACUUGCUGAUUCUUGUUACCAUCAAGACCAGUCAGGCUCUUGGGAGCCCAAUGUACUUCUUUCUUUUCUACUUAUCCUUAUCUGAUACUUGCCUCUCUACUUCCAUAGCUCCUAGAAUGAUUGUGGAUGCACUUUUGAAGAAUACUACUAUUUCUUUCAGUGAAUGCAUGACCCAAGUCUUUUCUGCCCAUAUGUUUGGCUGCCUGGAGAUCUUCAUCCUUGUCCUCAUGGCUGUUGACCGCUAUGUGGCCAUCUGUAAGCCCUUGCACUACAUGACCAUCAUGAGCCACAGGGUAUGUGGUGUGCUGGUGGCUGUGGCCUGGGUGGGGUCCUGUGUGCAUUCUUCAGCACAGAUUUCCCUUGCCUUGAGUUUACCUUUCUGUGGGCCUAAUGUGAUUGAUCACUAUUUCUGUGACUUGCAACCGUUGUUGAAACUUGCCUGUGCAGACACCUAUGUGAUCAACCUACUCCUGGUAUCCAAUAGUGGGGCCAUUUGCACAGUGAGUUUUGUCUUGCUGAUGUUCUCUUAUGUGAUCAUCCUGCAUUCUCUGAGGAACCACAGUGCUGAAGGGAGGAGAAAAGCCCUCUCUACCUGCAUGUCUCACAUCAUUGUGGUCAUCCUGUUCUUUGGUCCUUGCAUAUUCAUAUACACACGCCCUGCCACCACUUUCCCUAUGGAUAAGAUGAUAGCUGUAUUUUAUACAAUUGGAACACCAUUGAUCAAUCCUCUGAUUUAUACACUGAGAAAUGCAGAAGUGAAAAAUGCCAUGAAGAGACUGUGGAGCAAGAAGUUGAUCUCAGAUGACAAAAGAUGAAUAAAGGUUUUAAAUCCUUCUUAAAGGUUUCAAAUUAUAUAGAACACACUUAAGACUAUCUGUUAUUCUUUUUUUGUGGAUUUAAUAUAAUCUUAAAUUGGGUUAUAGGAUUAGGGUCUUCAAAAAAUAGACAAUCUGAAAAUAUCAACUAGGUAUUUUGAGUCACUUAUGUAGUGAAGGAUAUAGCAUGAGAUACAAAUAUUUAUGUGAAGUCAAUAGCUUUUCCUGUUUUUCACUGUCAUCAUCAUCUUCUUAUAGUUUCCCUGAUACAUGCUCAUAUCCACAGCCUAGAACAGGGGGUGCACCUGCUUGAACUGAUAUGAGUUGAACCUGAAUAGGUAAGAAAGCAAGAGUAACUUGAUGAAUGCUUCAAAUGAAUGAAUCUGUGUUUCCUACCACCCACCUCUGUUAAAUUAAUGCUUCCCUCUCAACUAUCAAGUUUGGCCUUGUAGGAAGUAUCCUUUUAUCAACUGACAGAGAAAGAAAGUAUUCUGGCAUGGUUUACACAAAGGGAACCAAAAUACACUAGAAUUAACCUGAAAAGAACAGCUGACUAGCAUAGCCUAAUUAAUGGAUAGUCUUAAAGGUAAGUAAUGAAAGAAAUUUCUGCUAGUGGACCAAUCUCUGAAAUAAAUUUGUUUUUCACUUUGUAUAGUAUGGAAGCAUCUUGCAUUAUGAAAAUGAACUCACUCAGAGACAGUGUCAGACACCUUGACUGUUGAUUAGAAAUCUGGAAUGUAAAAAAGAAUGAACAAGAUGCUCUUGAAAAGAGUUAUGUUGGGGCUGGCACUGUGACAUAGCAAGUUAAGCUGCCACCUGCAACACUGGCAAUCCAUAUGGGUGCCAGUUCCAUUCCUGGCUGCUCCACUUCAAAUCCAGCUACUUGCUAAUGCACCUGGAAAAGCAGUGUAAGAUGUUCCAAAUGUUUGGGCCUUGCCCCUAUGUGGAAUGACUUAGAUAAUGCAAAAGGACAAAACUCAAAAGAGAAAGGAAGAAAGGAAAGAAGGAAGGAAAGAAGGAAGGAAGGAGGAGAGAGAGAGAGAGAGAGAAAGAGAGAAAGGAAGGAAGGAAGGAAGGAAGGUAGGUAGGAAGGUAGGAAGAGGGAGAGGAAAGAGUGAGGGAAUAAUUGAAAUAUCAUUAUAUUCUUAUAAGUGUAUCUAUGAAGCACAUAGAAGCUGUUGUGUUUGCAUUAAUGUUACAUUAGCAUGAGAACUGUAGUAAUUAUCAAGAGUUUACUGUGAUCCUGAGAAUAUAAUAUAUUAAAUUUCUUGAAAUAUAUAUGUAUAUAAUUUUAAAAAGAAAAGAAAUUAUAAAUAAUUUAGAUGUAGGAAAUCCAAUGUAGCUGAACAGGGUGGAGCCACUCUGACUACAGCUUUCUUAGGAUAAGAAAAAUAAACAAAGGAAGGACUACGUUGCCAGAGUUCUGACUGACAGAAGUGACAGAGCAGAAUGAAAACUCUUGGGUACAGUGAGUAAAGAGGACAGAGAUGCUGCUGUGGCUGACCCCACAGCACAGCCAUCCACCAACUGGGAAUCACCAUCUUGACAAGUCAAGGUAGGAAAAAGUUGCUGUGCCCACCAUCCACAGGGUUAGCUGAGGAGGAAUUCCACAGUCUCCCUGACCAGCUGAUUGUGGUCUGAGCAACUGCUCGGCUCUGAAAAAGGAAGCUACACUCACUGUGUCUAUUCCAUCUCACUGUUGCAGAGCACCAGGAUCAGCUGUGGAGAUUGUUUAACUGAAUUCUGCACCACUGCUGCCAGAAAUGACAAGUCAGAGUCAGGGCACCUUGGAGGACAGAGGACAAAGUCCUUGCAUUCUGCAACUGUGAGAUUUUAGGCAUAAGGAUCCAGUGGAGUUUCUCUUAGCUUCUGGGGGCUACCGGGGGUAGCAGCCCAUAAAUCUUCUCCCAACCUGGGAAAUUGAGUAAUGACCCAGUUGUACUCUGCAACACCGUGACUGUCAUGAUCAGUGCUAAUUUCCUCAGUCUUAAUGGAAUCUACCUAGUGGACCUAGGGAAGACCCUUCUUGUAUUCCAACUCUGUGGGCGCUUACCUGCCAAAACAAAACCUACUGCUUACCUGGUGGGAUUGCAGCAGGUUUCAGGUCACAUCCUCCAGGGCUGUUAGUGUCAUAAGCAGCACCAGUUGCACUCUGCAUGAAGGACCCGAGGAAGGGUCCGCUUACAUCACACAGUCCCAUAGUCACAGAAAUUGGGGCCACAAACCCAGGCAUUACUCAGGCUUGCCACUGGGACAAGGGGACGACCUCCUUUGUCUCCCUCAGCACCAAGAACAAGUCCAUUGCUAUCACAUUCACCACUAUGAUUGACACUGGACUCUCUGUGGACUGAAGAUGCACAUCCUAGGAAACCCACAUUUAUCUCAAAGUCACACUUAUACUCCUGUGUACCGUAGCAGACAAGAGCACUCUGUCGCACAGCUAACAUUGAUUAAAGCAAAAGAAAUCACGUAGGGACUGUAUUUCUGAGCUCACCUACAAAGAAAGCCAAGCAAGUAAAACUCUGUAUCCUAUCUAAAUCAUAUAAACUCUUUUACAAUGAAAUUUACUCCAUAAAAAGGAGGCUAUCACACCAGAUGCACAGACAGCAACAUAAGAGCACAGGAAACAUGAAGUAGUAAGGUAACAUUACACCUCCAAAAGAACAUAACAGUUCUCCAUAAUUAGAUCAUGACCUGAAGGAAAUCUCUGAAGUACCAGAAAUAGAAUUAAAAAUAAGAGAGUAUCGAUAGACAGAUGAAUGAAAUGACAAAAUUAAUGAGAGAUAUGAUUGAAAAUAUCACUAAGGAGAUAUAAAUCAUUAAGAAGAAAAAUGGAAACUUUAUAGAUGAAACCUUUAAUUUAUUAAACAAAAUUAUAAUAAUUGAGAUAUUUAAAGCAGAAUAAACCAUGUGGAGAAAAGAAUUUCUGACCUUGAGUACAAGACAUUUGAAAUAAGCACAAGAAUUAAGAAAAUCUACAAGAAUAUUGAGUAUCAGAGCCAGUGCUAUGGUGUAAUAGGUAAAGCCACCGCCUGCAGUGCUGGCAUCCCAUAUAGGCAUCAGUUCAAGUCCCAGCUGCUCCCCUUGCAAUCCAGCUUCCUGCUAAUGCAUCUGGAAAACAGCACAAGAUAACCUAAAUAUUUUGGACCCUGUUCCCAUGUGGGAAAUGCAGAAGAUCCUGGCUCCUGGCUUCGGGUCAGACAGCUCUGGCCAUUGUGGCCAUUUGGGGAGUGAACCAGUGGAUAGAAUAUCUCUCUCUCUCUCUCUCUGACUCUCCCUUUCCUUCUCCCCCUCCCUCUCCUUCUCUCUGCCUUUCCUUCUCUCUCUGUUUAACUCUGACUUUCAAAUAAAUAAAUAAAUCUUUAAAAAAAGACACAGACUGAAUGAAUUAAAAAAACAAAACCCAUAUAUUUGCUGCCUACAAGAAAUACUUUUCACUAACAAAGGUACAUGCAAACUGAAAGUGAAAGGAUGGAAAAAGAUAUUCCAUGCUAACAGAAACCAAAAGAGCUGGUGUAGCCAUCCUAAUAUCAGACAAAAUAGACUUUAACACAAAAACUUUUCAAAGAGACAACAACCUAAGAAGACAAU